AUGGUCAGGCCUCAGGUAUACCAAUUGUCGGUGGGCGCCGCAUUUGACGGUUUGAGCCCACAGGAAAAGCUCUAUGCUCAUCACAUGGCGAAGGCUGCCUGGAAUGGCACGCGAAUUAUCCUCCGUCAAGUAUCUCCAGAGGCUAAUGGCAUUUUCAACUUUAUAAUGGCCCUUUACCAUAGCUGUGACGGGAAUUGGGAACAACUUGCCACCGAAACUGGAGUCAGCAUUCAAGAAAUAGAGAAUUUCCUGAACUACGCCGCUACAUUCCUAUCGAAUGUUGGCAAUUACUUUGGGUCCGGUGACCAGAAAUUCACGCCUGAUGUAUCCGAGGAGGCUCUUACCUCUCUAGCAUCAGUAUCUUUGUCGGCGAGUAAACUCCUUGAGCAGAUCAAAGACCCAAUGAUCAGCCCUCUUCCGAGCAGUUUAGGCCACCCUGGACCGUUUACCCAAUCAUCAUAUUAUUUGGGUGAGAACUGCCUUGAGUCUUCAGAGGAUAUUGCCACGAUAUCAAAACUCAUGGAGGAUCAAUCAAUCAUGCCUGAGAACACUCGACUAAAGAUAUAUCAAGAUUCUGAGGCUUGUUGCUAUGAUAUUAUGCAAGCAUCUGUGGUAGAGGACAAGGUGGCAUUGGAAGGAUUUGGUGGGUCGGGAGCGUCCGAUAAGAAGGCAUUUCUGAUGAGAGGAGAUCACAAAGAAGAACUUGAACGUAUUUGUGAUUGCCUACAACAAGCCAUUCCAUAUGCGUCAAGUCCUGCUCAAGUGGACAUGCUGCGGCAGAUAAUUGAAAGUUUCCAGACCGGAAGCCUCGAAGCGUACCGCGAAUCGCUGAGGAUAUGGGUGAAUGACAAGGCCCCUUCGGUUGAAACAGUCAUAGGCUUUGUCGAGCCAUAUCGCGAUCCAUUAGGUGUUCGUGCAGAGUUUGAAGGGAUAGUCGGAAUACCGGAUGCUGCCGAAACCAAGAUAUUGAAUACGCUUGCAACCAAAGCGAAUCAAUUGGUCUACAAACUUCCCUGGGUUGAAGAUACCGGUGACAGCAAGGGCCCUUACGAAAAGGAAUUAUUUGAGCCACCUGAUUUCUCAAGCAUCAACAGUCUGGUAUACUGCUCGAGUAUCAUUUUCCCAGGAAUCAACCUUCCAAACUAUAUUGACAUUCGACAAGAUACAGGCUACAAAAACAUCAUCUUCAGUAACCGCAUGGUGUCUGAGAGUAGUCGAUCUCGCGGUUUACACAUGGUGGACGCAUCAGAACAAGACACUUUCAAGAAGCAUCGGUUCCAUGCCUACUACAUCUGGGUCGUGCUGCAUGAAAUCCUCGGACAUGGCACUGGAAGAUUCUUGACUGAAUCUUCUGAUGGUGGUCUCAAUUUCGACAUUGGAAAUCCGCCCCUGGAUCCCUUUACUGGAGGACCCGUGGAAAGCUGGUAUCGGGCUGGGCAAACAUGGACGGGGGUGUUCAACGACCUUGCAACAACAGUGGAUGAAUGCAGAGCAGAACUCGUCGGCGCUUACUUGAUCGACGACCUAGAAAUACUGAGCAUUUUUGGCUACACAGGCCAAAGCGAGGUCAAGCCCGAUGACAUCGCCUACAACAUGUAUCUUCAGCUGGGCGUCGAUGGACUUCGAGGCCUUGAGAAUUACGAUCCCACGACCCAAAAAUGGGGACAAGCACAUAGUCGAGCACACUAUGCCAUGUUUCGGCACCUCCUCCGCGACAGUGGCGGUCUCUAUAGCGUUACGAGCAAUCUAGAGAAGAAUAGCUUGACGGUCAAAGUUGACCGAUCGCGAGUAAUCUCUCAUGGCAAACCAUCACUGGGUCGCAUGCUCUUGAAACUUCAUAUCUAUCGUUGCACCGCUGACGUCUCCAACUGUCGCCGUUUCUAUGAGGAUCUAUCGCAUGUUGACGAACAAGCUCUGAAAUGGAGAGAUAUUGUUGUCUCCAAGAAGGAUCCUCCUCUGGUGUUUAGCCAGGCCAAUACUUACCUUGUCGGUGAUGAUGUAAAGAUAAAGGAAUACGAACCCACAGCUCGAGGAGUUGUGCAAAGCUGGGCGGAAAGAAGUAUUGAAUAG